UUUUAAGUUUAUCAAAAAUCGAUUACUGAGCCGGACUAGUGUUGGUCCAUCCCUAGUCUAUGAGUCGCGUUCUUGUCAACAAAAGAAAGUUUUUGCAAAGCAAUUUACUUAGGUUCCACUAAUCCGACCCAACACACAAAUACGGCUUCGCAGUGGUCGGCGUCCAGCGCUACGGAGGCGAACGAACGCACACCACUCAUGGCUGCUCAUGUCCAGUCUACCAGCUCCUCCGGGCCAUCAGGCGUGGGAGUGGGUGCUGAUGACGGCAGCCUGAACGGCGAGACAGAGCGUUUGGAGCGUCCUCCAAAGCGGCAGCAGCAGCAGCGUAACAACUACGGAUCCAAUGACCAGGAUACACCAGAUGCGGCUAUACUAGCAGUUCCCAAUGUGGUGAUACGGGACUCUGGGGGACCACAUUCUUCAAGACUGAGUGGGGGUGGCGGCGGUGGUCCGCCCACAAAUGAAACGGAGGAGGAACAGGGCCUCAAAUACGGCGCCCAGCAUGUCAUCAAAUUGUUUGUGCCUGUCUCCCUCUGCAUGUUGGUCGUGGUGGCCACCAUCAACUCGAUCAGCUUCUAUUCCAGCACGGAUGUCUAUCUAUUGUACACUCCUUUCCAUGAGCUCUCGCCCGAACCGAGCGUUAAAUUAUGGAAUGCCUUGGCCAACUCCCUGAUCCUGAUGAGCGUAGUGGUGGUGAUGACCAUUCUGUUGAUUGUUUUGUAUAAGAAGCGUUGCUAUCGCAUCAUCCAUGGCUGGCUUAUACUCUCCUCCUUUAUGCUAUUGUUCAUAUUUACGUACUUAUACCUGGAGGAACUCCUGCGGGCCUACAACAUACCCAUGGACUAUCCCACGGCCCUGCUAAUCAUGUGGAACUUUGGUGUGGUGGGAAUGAUGUCCAUACACUGGCAGGGACCACUUAGGUUGCAGCAGGGCUACCUUAUAUUUGUGGCAGCUCUGAUGGCCUUGGUUUUCAUCAAAUAUCUGCCUGAAUGGACUGCCUGGGCUGUGCUGGCUGCCAUUUCUAUUUGGGAUCUCAUUGCUGUCCUCUCGCCAAGAGGACCUCUACGCAUACUGGUGGAAACGGCUCAGGAGCGGAAUGAACAAAUCUUCCCUGCCUUGAUCUAUUCAUCCACCGUCAUCUACACAUACAUGGGCACUCAUUAUACGCCACAGCAAUCACAGGCAACCGCCUCAUCCUCCCCGUCGUCCAGUAAUUCCACAACCACGACACGGGCCACACAAAACUCGCUGGCAUCGCCAGAGGCGGCGGCGGUUAGUAGUGGCGCACGUUCAGGUAACAACUCCCGUUCCCAUCCGCAGCAGAAUCAGCGGGAUGAUGGUGGCAACGCACUGGCAACUGAAGGUAUGCCACUUGUGACUUUUAAAAGCAAUUUGCGCGGAAACGCUGAAGCUGCGGGAUUCACCCAAGAAUGGUCUGCCAAUCUCAGUGAGCGUGUGGCUCGUCGUCAGAUAGAAGUUCAGAGCACACAGAGUGGGAAUGCCCAGCGCUCCAACGAGUAUCGUACCGUUACUGCGCCCGAUCCGAGCCAACAGGAGGGACAAGAAGAACGUGGCAUCAAACUGGGUCUCGGAGACUUCAUCUUCUAUUCGGUUUUAGUGGGCAAAGCCUCUAGCUAUGGCGACUGGACCACCACAAUCGCUUGCUUUGUGGCCAUUCUUAUUGGACUCUGCCUUACGCUCCUGCUUUUGGCCAUUUGGCGCAAGGCCCUGCCCGCUCUGCCCAUCUCCAUAACCUUCGGACUGAUAUUCUGCUUCGCCACCAGUGCCGUGGUCAAGCCGUUUAUGGAGAAUCUGUCGGCCAAGCAGGUGUUUAUAUAAAUACAAAGAAAGAAAGACAAGGACACGGGAAAAUGUCGCUCAGUAUCAUAGUCUAACAGCUUUUUGUAACCAUUUCUUUAUUUAACAAAAUGCAUAGUAUUGGAAUUACUCA